AUGACGCGGGCAACAGCCGCUCCGCGGGACGAGCGUGUCGCCGAUGGCGGGGGGGGAGCCGGGCACUCUGUGGCCGAGUUAAGCGACUCUUUUCCAGAGGAGAGUUCCCACAAUGAAGCAUCCUGCAGAGAAGCAACGCAGGAAGCAGACUUCGAAUCGCUGCUGCCGGACGAUCAUUGGGCUGGAGCAGCCACUGCGAAGCCACCUGGAGAUGACUCCUCAGGCGACCUCGGUGGGUACACCGUCAAGGGGACAGAAAGAGCGGGUUCCUCGCGUCCGUCGCGGAGACGGGGGAGUCAUUCGGCCGAUUUGGUCACAACCACGAGCGCUUCGCAUAUCUCAGAUCUCUCACAAAGCCUCCUCGAUUUAUUGCCUCCCGCCAGCGCCGCGUCGUCGCUCGCGUCGUCGCCGGGCGGGGGGAAUAAGGAUCUCCUUUCGCCGGCUGGAGGUGAUCAGGGGGGUGGGAACUCCAGAGAAAAUGCUUGCGAUGCGCGAGGGCCGCCUACUCCAGGCGAUACGCCGCCUUCCCGAGAGGAUCGCCCAGGCCUCUCUUCACCUGGUGCAACGUGUGAAAUCGACGAAACUCUCCAGACGGUCCCGCAGGAAUCUCCAGUCGGCGGUGCCACAGGACGGAGUCGAGGAUCAAGUCUCUCUCAGAAACGACUGUGGGGUUCCUCAGGUGCCAAGCGCGAGAACGCACCAAGUUCGACAGUCAGCAAGUCUGCUGGCGGCCUGGGCCACAAAGCUUUCGGCGUCCCAGGCAAACUCACGGUGAACGCCGAGGAAACCGAGAACAACCUCUUAUCGUCGGUGGCAACCGAGGCCGACUGGCGGUCGCCUGUCGGUAACGAUGGCGAGGGCUUGCGGGGCCGUUGUGGCUCGGCUUACCAGGGUAGCGAUGAGCCGACGAACACCGGACAAACUCGCUGCAGCAAGAACGCAGGUGCGUCGAUCUCUGGAAGCUCUCCGUCUGGGGCCGCGCCUGGGAACGACAAGACGCUUCAUUCAGGUGAAAAUACGGCCCCUUCAGGGUCGAGUAGACGGAAUGGAGUCGGGUCCAUCCCGAACGGAGCGGUAGCGUCGGGAGGCGCCUCAGCGGGGGGGGGCCGUCGAGAUCCUCGUGCGUCGCCUUUCCCUGGUGUCAAGUUCUGUAGCUCACGAAAUGCGUGGAUUGCCCGGUGGUCGGAGAACGGCCAGGAGAAGUGGAAGACGUUCCCUGUUCGCGACUCGACGUUCGAAGAGGCGCGCCGGCGCGCUCUCGAAUUCAGACAAGGGAAGGACCGAAAGAAGUACGAGCGGCUGUGGCAGCAGUUGAGUGCGGAUGCAGAUGGAGGAGCGGGACCGGGGAAGAGUCCUGGACCAAGUGCGUUGGGGGGUGGAUCGUCUCCGAGUGGCAGUGGCGAUGGCGCGGGGGGGAACCCCCUGGGCGGGCUCGAUGGGUUUCGAAGCCCCGCCGUCUCGUUCUCUCCCGGAGGAAGUGUACGCGGAAGUGGAGGGAGCAGUGGAGGCCUGGGAAGUCCGUCGGGGGUGGUGUCUCAGGAUAUCUUCUCCAGACUCAGUCCAGCAGCCUAUUCGGGAGGGCCGGGACUCGACGAUACUUUGGAGAACAGCCGGGCGACCGCUGCGGGACUCUUGUUCAGCGACUUGCAACAGCAUCGAUGGCUGGAGGAGGCGUUGCUAGGGACAGGAGCCGAUGGCAGCGCGCCGCAGCUUGCCUCCCCCGCGAAAGGCGGCUUAGACGCUGCGCUGCGGGAACGGUUUUCCCGGUGGCCACCGACGACGUGCAGCCGCCUUAACGGGGUAGAUUGCGGAAACGGAGGAAUCAUCGAGUCUCAGAGCCAGAACAAGAAGCGGAGCUGUGCAGCUGCGGGGCUAACCGGGUUUUCGCACUUCUCUGGCCUGCUGGCUGGCGCGCUGGAAGAGGCGGCUACGGGGACCAGUUCCCCGAAAAAGAAAUCCAAGAUGCAUCGCAGAGAGCUCCUCGAUGGCCUCGUUCUCACCGGCAUGGAUGCUGAUCUCGAACGGCAAAAUGUACCCCCUCGCGUGGUGGGAUCUGUCGACGGGCUGGCGGAUGAAGCUGCUGCCGAUUACUUGACUGCAGAUCAGACAAUGAAUCCUCUUCUUGGACUUGGAUCGCUCUUUCAGUCCAGCUUCCCUUUGACGUGCAAAAGAGAAACUCGCGUCGCUGAGGCUGGAAUGGACAUCGACAGAUGGUCACAGGCGUCCCGGGGAUCGUUUCUGGGUGAUCCGAGUGCAACGGAAGAUGCAUGCAGGAACUUGCUAAAUGCAAAGGCGCUGGGGAUGUAUAAAGACGCCCUCAUUCUAAUUCUCGAUGACCUGCUUUCUCAUGGGAUUUCUCUGCUGAGCCCGCGAGGGGAGAAUGGGUCGUCGUCUGUUUGCGGCAACGGCAUGACGUGGCGGGCCAAACAAAAAGGAGCAGAGAGACCCAUGCGCCGGGUAGUGGAGGCCCUACGACGACACGUCCGGGAUGCUUCUGUUUUCCGAGUGGUGUCACCUUUCAUUAAACUCUUUGAGACAUGCAUCCUCGAGAAGAAAGUGCCGAGCCAGUUUGACGCCCGGUCGCAGAUUCUCUAUCUCAACGCGUUGAGCGCCUUGUACGAGAUCGCUAUCCCGGCGGGAGGUGGUCUCCUAGGGCCGUGA